GGUAUUGCAGAAAUUUGCUUAACCGUUGCAUAGGGCUGAUGCGGGCCAACAUCCAGAAGGUUCACAUCGUUCACCGUGGCCAAAGCCAGCAGCCUGCAGUAGCCACCUCCUUGACCGUGGAGAAGAGGAACAAGUAUCGCUCCACGUGGGAGCAGGAAGAGGUCAAUCAUAGGCGCACUGUAGAUUAUAGUGCUAGCCAGAGCAACGCCAACGGAGAUCGCAGCUACGAUGGAACGUGGGUUAACUUCCCUACGGGUCGUCGCUCGUUUAUCAAUCGUCCUAGCACGGCCAAGCCCUGUAACGAUCAAGCCAAGGCCUUCCUUCGCCAGUGGGCAAACCAAAACGAUUGAUACUCGUAACUGUCAACUGAGCUAACUUUGAAAUAAACAGAAUGUCACUGUUUGCCUUUGUGGGCCAACUGGCUCGGUGCACCUAUUUGCCGCCGAUCCCACUUCUGCUCUCGCGAAUACGUGGUCCGCGGAAUAUACCCCAUAUGCCCAUCAAAGGUCCCAGGGACUUUGAAUACUGGCGUCGUUUGAAACGCAAGAACCCAUCUAAGCCGACACGGUUGCCAAAAGUCAAACCCUCACCACGCCGAGGGUCCAGAAGGAAAACAAUUCCCAAAAAAAUAGAAAAACGAACAGAAAAGUAAGAAGAAAAGGGGAACAUCGGUCACAGCCGAUAGCCGAUAUUAGGACAACUACGGACCUAAAUCAACGAAAUCUAAAUUUACUGUAAUGCUAGAACCUGAACAAGGGCUAUUGAAACGAGGCCUUCCUAUAAAAAAAAUAUUUCUUCCCGGGAAAGUACGAUUCAUGACUCAAACAAGUUUGCGCGUUGAUUGUUUUUAAAUUUUAAAUUUAAAACGAGGAAUAUGUAUGAUGGAACUGGGGUAACUCACGGUAUAUUUUAUCAAUGGGUCCGCGGUAACACUGAUGGUAACUUAAACCCCCAACAAAAUAAAUAAUAAUUGUGGUUCUUGUAUGGCGCUUCUCCGGAACAUUUCAAACAGCUUUUGCAGCAGCUUUCGGCGAUAUGCCAGUAGCGGUUGCACCAUAUACAGCCUCAGCUCGGGCCACGUCAAGUGCGGCGUUUCCGUGAUACGCGUAUCCGGUCCACAGACAAAGAGGGCGCUGCGCGCCAUCGUUGGAUGCAACGAUUAUGAGCCCAAGGCCCGGCAGGCGUACCUAAAGUCGUUUUUCCAUCCCAUCAGCAAGGAAAUGAUCGACAGGGGGCUGCUGCUCUGGUUCCCUGGUCCAGCCUCCUUCACCGGCGAGGAUGCUUGCGAGUUUCAGGUGCACGGCUCCCUGGCCGUCAUAGCGGCCAUGUUGGAUGCCCUUGGGCGCCUGGACGGACUGCGACCGGCUGAGCCUGGAGAGUUCACGAAACGUGCGUUCUUUGGCGGUAAACUGGACCUAACGGAGGUCGAGGGACUGGCGGACCUCAUUCACGCCGAGACGGAGGCACAAAGGAAGCAAGCACUGCUCCAGAGCAUGGGAGCACUGGGCCGCCUAUACAACAAAUGGCGCAAGCGACUCAUCCGAUGUGCCGCCCACUUGGAGGCCUACAUAGACUUUGCCGAGGAGGAGCAAAUCGAGGGCGGCGUCAUACUGCAGUUGACCAAGGAACUGAAGGCUGUGAGAGGCGAGAUCCGCAACCAUUUGAAUGAUCAGCGGCAGGGCGAACUGCUGAGGGAUGGUGUGCGUACCGUCAUCAUCGGAGCACCCAAUGUGGGCAAAAGCAGUCUGCUGAACCUGCUCUGCCAGCGAUCUGUUUCAAUUGUGACCGAGCAGGCGGGCACAACGCGCGACAUUAUAGAGACAAUGCACAACUUUGGCGGAUAUCCGGUGAUAUUUUCGGACACGGCCGGUCUGCGGAGGAACACCGCGGACAGCAUAGAACGGGAGGGGAUGGCCAGAGCAAAGAAAUGUCUCGCCGAAUCUGAUUUAAUACUGCUGCUGACCGAUGCCAUGGCCGUGAGGGAACUGGACAGCAAUGAAACGGUGGCUGGUUACGUGGAGAGCUAUCUGAACGAAUUGGAUAUUGCCUCGGAUCUGUGCAGCGGAAAGCGGGUGCAGCUGGUGGCCAAUAAAACCGACACCCUAUCACUGGAGGAGUGCCAUCGCCUGGACAAGCUGAGCAGCAUUCUAUCCAUCUCUUGCCACAAGCCCGCCAAUAUGGCCACAUUUCUCAACGCCCUCGAGCAGCAGCUGCAGGAGCUGUGCGGCACACCAAGGGCCGAGCAUCCGCGCAUCACGAACACGCGCUACCGCCAACAACUGGAGCGGUGCAUUGAGAACAUCGACAUAUUUCUUAGAGAUUACAAGCCAGAUGUUUUCCCCGACAUGGCCAUUGCAGCUGCAAAGCUGCGAAACUCUGUCCGCUGCAUCGAACGCAUCACGGGUCACGUCAGCUGCGAAGACAUACUGGACGUUGUAUUCAAAGACUUUUGUAUUGGUAAAUGACUUGAUAUUAUAAUAGAUAAGGUGUACAUAGCUCCUAAGCGCAAAGUCUGCAAUAAUUUGUAAAAUAAAAGUAUUUGAACUUGAA